GGGAUAUUGAAAAAGAUAUUCUGGUUCACAUCUUGUGGCAAAGCAUGCGACGAUGUCUUGAACACAAUGGCCUCUGUUGACGCUUAACUACGCGUGACUGUGUAUGUUAUUCAACUUGAGUGUCCCAGUCUGUAGAUCCUAAUGCUGUCCAGUGUUCCUUUACAUCCAACCGAGAUAGAUUUCAUCAAUAGUGGACCGUCGGAUCAACAACAAUUCUUAGCAGAUGAGCUCCAAUAUCUCCUGCGGCUCUUACAGGCCGUUCCUGAUUACAGUGUCCCGGAAAUACCGUCCCGCAUACCCUUGAUAUAGAGGACGACCAGGGGAAUGAUCUUAAGCCGCAUUGGCAUAUCAUAACAUGACAAGUACCUUUCAGAAGAUGCUUAUUAUCCAUUAUAUAUAGUGGUACCUCACGCAGAAUCUUUCUGGUCUUUCCUAUCUACAGAUCAAUCGAGGACCACGCUAUCAUAUCACAAUGUAUCAACGCUUCACCCUCGCUUCAGCGCUGCUGAGCAGCGUCCACGCCCAGCUCGUCGGCACUCAACUGGCCGAAACACAUCCCGGUAUGACCUGGAAAUCAUGUACAGGCACCGGUGGCACCAGCUGCACAUCCAACUCCGGCAAGGUUGUCCUUGAUGCCAACUGGCGCUGGCUGCAUGAUAAAGGCGGCUACACCAACUGCUACACGGGCAACGAAUGGAACAAGACCGCCUGUCCCGAUAACAAAUCCUGCGCCAGCAACUGUGCGCUUGACGGGGCUGACUACUCGGGAACUUACGGCAUCACGACCGGUGGCGAUAGUCUGAAACUAACGUUGGUGACCAAAGGCCAGUACAGCACGAACAUUGGCAGCAGAACUUAUCUUAUGGAGAGCGAUACGAAGUAUAAGAUGUUCAAUCUGUUGAACAAUGAAUUUACGUUUGAUGUGGAUUUGAGUGGACUGCCUUGCGGAUUGAACGGGGCUCUCUACUUUGUGGCUAUGGAUGCUGAUGGUGGUAUGAGUAAAUACAGCACGAACAAAGCUGGGGCAAAGUAUGGUACUGGGUACUGCGACGCUCAGUGUCCUCGUGACUUGAAGUUCAUCGGGGGUGAGGGAAAUGUUGAAGGUUGGACGGCUUCCUCGAACGAUGCAAAUGCUGGUGUCGGCGGUAAAGGCUCUUGUUGCGCCGAGAUGGAUGUCUGGGAAGCCAACAGCAUCUCUACGGCAUUUACACCGCACUCGUGCACACCUGUGGGGCCGUCCAUCUGCAGCGGCGACUCUUGCGGAGGAACAUACUCCGCUGAUCGCUACGCUGGGAACUGCGAUCCCGACGGCUGCGAUUUCAACUCAUACCGCAUGGGCGACACCUCCUUUUAUGGCCCUGGGAAGACCGUUGACACAAAGUCCAAGAUGACUGUCGUAACUCAGUUCAUCGGGUCACCCCUGACCGAGAUCAAGCGCUUCUACGUGCAGAACGGCAAGACAAUUGCCAACUCACAAUCGAAGAUCCCCAAUGUCACCGGUAACAGCAUCACCACAUCAUUUUGUGAUGCACAGAAGGCUGCGUUUGGAGAUACCUACACGUUCAAGGACAAGGGUGGUAUGGCGAGCAUGAGCAGUGCUAUGAGUAGAGGUAUGGUGCUUGUCAUGAGCUUGUGGGACGAUCAUUACUCGAACAUGCUGUGGUUGGAUUCAACGUAUCCUACGGAUAAGUCUGGCCCUGGAUAUGACCGCGGGACAUGUUCCACGUCUUCUGGUGUUCCAGCUGAUGUCGAGAAGAACUCGCCGGGCGCAUCAGUGACUUUCUCCAACAUCAGGUUUGGACCAAUCGGUUCGACAUUCAAGGCUUUGUAGGAGGUUCAACUCCAAGUGUGGGUCGGAGAGCUCGUGGAGCCUCAACGUUUUUAGACCAUAGUUCCUGAACUGUACAACGCAGAUCAUGUCACGAAUGAUGUAGAUAAACAACAAAUACACUCGUUCACAC